CAUAUUAGAGUAUCUCACAUUGAAAAUAAUUAAAGAAAACAUAAUCGACUUACAAGCUUUUGAGCUAAACUAUGUAAUUAUUUGGAUUCAAUCUAAAUAUCAUAUGAUGCAGUCCAGAGAUACACCUCGUCCGUCAAAGUAUCUUAACGUUCAUUCCUAACAACUCGCAAAUCUUUAGCCCAGUUAUCUGUAUGAUAUGCAUCUCCAACGGCCUGUGGCCUAUUUAACCUGUUUGUUCGUCUGGGAGUCCAUACCCAGUAGCUCGAAAUUCUUUAGGUGUUGUUGCUCAAAACAAUUUAGGGCGAUGGAAAUCCAUUUGUACUUUGUCAAAUAUUUAGAUUCAAAAUGACUCGUAUGGGCACUUGAUGAGGAGUAUUAAAGUAUCCCAAUUGAAAAGAAAAAUUAUUGUAUAUAAGUUUUUUUAAUUGAACUAGAUAAUCAAUUAGAUUCAAUUUUUUAAUGCGAUUCAACCCAACUAGUUUAGAACCAAUCCAGUGACUCAUACCCCAUCCUAUAUUCUAUCAACACAUUUUUAUCUCAGUGAUUUUAAAUUUAAUUUUAGAUAACAUAUCUGUACUUGUGAGUAGUUAAAGGAACAUUUACAAGUUUAACAUCAUAAAUUACUUUUCAUGCAAUUAUCAAACUUGAUGUUUGAUUGCCUAGAAAAAAGUGAAAUUUGCAUUAAAUAGGACUAAAACAUAAUGACUUUCCUAAUGUAGGACUUAAACUUUUUUAUUCUCUAAAUAGGACUUAAUAAUGACCUCGCGGGAGGAAUAAUGUCCAGUAGUAAUGCUAGACAUUUACUUGAAUAGUGACUACUUAUUAAUGACCAAAAGUCCUACAUUGGGAAAUAAAAACAUAUGGUCCUAUAUUGGGAAAGUCGUUAUGUUUUAGUCCUAUUUAGGUAAAUUUCUCUAGAAAAAAUUGGCAAUAAUAUACAUUUGUUUUAAUUCAUAUUUAUACAGGGCAACUAAAACCAAUAUGAUUUUAAUGGUGGUUAAUUGACAAUAAGAAGAAAAAAAAUCAACAAAAUGUAUUCUCUCCUUUUGAGUAAAUCCAUUAGCCAUAAGCCUAGUAGCUUUGAAUCUAUUACUUCUAGGUUCUUCCAUUGACUUUAUAUAAGUACUUAAAGUUUCCACUUUCCUUUUUCGUUCGUCCACAAUUAAAGUUCCCGUUUCUAUUUUAGGAAAGUUUUUAGAAAGGAAAUGUCUGCGACUGCGAAGAUGUCGGAGGCUUGGGACGGCAGGGGGCGGUGACGGCGGGGGACAACGACGGCGGGGGCUUUCAACGGUGAGGGGUUGCAGAAGCCUCGUCAGAGGUGGGGGGCUAGAUGUCAGUGGGGGAAAGGGGUGAAAGGUGGAAAGGUAUAUUAGGAAAGUCAACUCAAAUUUCCUCCCACAUAAAUUUGCGCACCAAAUCAAACUAGAAACUUUAAUUUUGGACGGAAGGAGUAUAAAUUUCCAUAUUUGGUUAAUUCCAAGAAUUCCAUCACUUUUUUCAUGUCACUACCCUAUUUUUUUUUUUAAACAUUUAGAUUUUAAGGUUGCACUUAAAAUAUUCAAACACAUGAAAAAUAAACUCAAACAUAUUAUAAUCCGACACAUAUCUCAAAGGUUUAACAUCCUUAAACUUCUUUUCUGUAUAUCCCUAGUAACUCUAUAAUCGUGUAAAUCAUUUUCAUAAUGUAUUUCAAUAUUAUCAUGCUCCAGCGCAUUACGGAUAAUCCCAUCUUGAUUAAUGUAUAAAUCACCAUUUUGAAUUCAUUAGAUACGACAUUUUUACCUAUCACCAUUUUGAAUUCAUGCAUGUGCACCAUUCACCGCAACCUAUAUCCCUUUACUCCUUAAAGGCAUUUCAAAGAAACACGUGAUUUACAUCUUGGUUUAAAUUAAUCUUAUCAUUUAUCGAUGUACAUGCCCAAUACAAUCAAAUAUAUGUAUGCAGGUACGACAAAUUAAGAAGUUCCCAAGAAAGUAUAACUUCUCGGUAUUUGUUUUCUAAAGGUAUAUCUGAUUUAAACCAAGAUGGACAUCUCACACUUGACGAUAUGCAUGGAAUCCAUGAAAAGAGAACGAUACAUAAAAACACAACUCCCCCGUCCCAUUUUAUAACGCCUGUUUCGGUUUACGAUGUUUGACUUAAGUUAUUUUCGAAUCAUUUUAUAUGACAAAUGGUAUAGAGUUAAAAAAUAAAAAUUACAUAUCAAAAUACUACAUCAAAAAAUUUACAAACGUAGUAGUGACAACAAUAUUUUAUUUUAUCAAAUUGUUAACGAAAAUAGAGAAAGAAAGUGAAUAAAGUUUGACCCUGUGAAUAGUGAACAUGCAUUAUAAUUUGGGACGGAGGGAGUAUAUAACUUAUGGGCAUUUCUACACCCUCACUUCACUGCUAAGAUGUGUCUUUUACGUUACACCCUUUGUCCAUCAUAGAUCUUCUCAAGUGUUAUUUUCGUUUGCCUAAAACUUAUUCGUUACCUUUUCAAUACUCAAAAUACCAUGCUACCCUAACUUACUUUAUUUAUUACGCAUUACCCACCUCAUUUAAUACACUUUACUCACAUUCAUUUAUGAUACUUUAUUAAAUUCAUACCUUUUUCCAACUAUUCUUAGAAAUUAUAAAAUGUCAAUAUGAGAAGAUCUAUGACGAACGGAAUGAAUAUAUAACUUGCUUAAUUUAUUUGUUGAAUGUAGAAUAUCAAGUACUCUUUGUCUUUAAACAAUUUGGCAUUUCCCCUUACAAUAUUUGCUAUAAAUUAUUUUUGAUAAAAAUCUAUUUUAAAAAAUAUCAAUUUUCAGUUAUUAAAUUUCGCCAAUUUUAUUUGAAAAAAAAAAACAAACUAGGGGAAUAUCAAAUAAGUAAGUCAUCAAAAGUAAUACGGAGUACUCCGUAUCUGUAUAAUUUAAUCGUUUAUAUAUAAACACACACUGACACACUCCUUAAUUUUAAGGUAUAACUUUUGUGGUUUUCGAGAAUUGAAAAAUAUUUCGAUAUCAUUUUAUAUGGGGUAUUUGGAUCAAAGAACUAAUUAUAGAGUUAUAGAAUAAUUUAUAGAAUUAAAAUCAAGAAGAAUUUUUAAAAAACACGAAACACCGUUUAUGGAACUAAUUCAUAAUUUGUGGUCAAAAGAUACAAAAAGGUCAAAAAAAAAGACAAAUAGACAAUAACUUGUAAGGGGAGAGUAUGGGCAUGUUUGGGGAUAAGUUUAAAUAUUAGCAUUAGGUUUUAAAAAAAGCUAUCUACGUUUUUAAGUUAAUCUGUACCGUUGAUUUUUUAUCUAAAAUGCUAAAACUAAUUUAUAACAUUAUUCCCAAACAUGCCUUAUAUAUACAGGAGUAUGUGAAACACUAGUAAUCUUUAGAUCCCGAAAUUGAUUGUAAUUUUUUUCGCUCAGUUCUUUAUGAAUUUGAUUUUUUGUGUGUUUUCAUUGAUUACUUAAUAAAAUAAAAUAUUUCCGUCAUCUCUAAUUUUAUAGAUCUUUUGACAUAAAUUUUUAAUACAUCUGUUUAAUACGGAGUAUUUUUUUUCUUAAAUCAAUUUUUAAAUAAAAUAAAUUCAAAACAUACGAGAUCUUACUUUGUUAUGCGAAAAUUAUAAUCUAAUUUAAGACGGGAGAAAGUAAUAUAAUUGAAUUACCUUUUGGAAGUAGAAGCGGUAGAUGAUGAUGAAAGGGAAGGAACGUGGGGAGGAAGUCAAAGGCCAAUUUUUUUGUUGGCAGAAGAUUAGAGAGAACAAAACUGCGCAUACCCAAAAUAUAAUUACUAAGCUAAUUAAUUAAUUCUCAAAGAUUUAUAUAGAUCAUAUAUAUAUCUAUGGGCAUGGAUGCGAUUAUUGCAUGAACCCAUCAAUCUUGAUUUCCCUCUAAUCCCGUGCGCCUGUCUCAAAAAUUAAAACUUUUGAAAUAUCAGUUCUGGGUUGAAUUCAUGAGCUCAAUAGCGCAUAAUGCAAGCUCUGGUUGUGAGAAUCGAUUCUUGGAAGGUAUACCAGUCUGAAUCUGGACAGGUUUGUCCUUCAAAUUCAUUUUCAAGAAGAGGGUUUCUUGAAAAAUCGGGUCUUUCUGCCACUAGUGUCUUGUUUGGAUCAAGGACUGUGGGAAGUGCCCAUAGUUUGAAUUUGUUCAGCCCUCAAAUUUCUCUGCCUGGGUUCAGGUUUCAAAUCUCUUGCAGUCAAAGAAAAGAUUCAAUCUGUACCAUUUCCGAACAAGAUUCACCUUCAUGGAACCGAGUUCCGGAGUUGACUCAGUACGAGGAUGAUGACAAAUGUAUGAGAAGAGCGAGGGUUGAUGUGAAUGAACUUGCACAGAGAUUACAGACUGCCCAGAGUGCAGAUGAGUUUGAAGAGAUUCUCAAGGAGAAAGACGAACUCCCGGUUCGAGUGUACUCAGAUUUGAUUAAGGUUCUUGGUAAGAACAAUGGGCUUGAUUCUGCAAUCUCUCUUGUUGAUUGGCUAAGAAAAAGAAGAGCAAGUCAUGAAGAUGUUUCUUCUUCUUCUUGUGUUCUUCCAGACAUUUUUAUCUAUAACAAUCUUUUAGGAGCAGCAAAAGAGGCCGAGAAGUACGAUGUGGUUGAGAAAGUGAUAUCAGACAUGUCCUUAGCUGGAAUUGAUCCCAAUGUUGUCACAUAUAACAUUCUCAUGAGUUCUUAUAUACAAAAAGGCCGAGAACUCGAAGCUCUCGAUCUUUUUAAAGAGAUGGGAGACAAGGGUUUAUCUCCAAGCCCCAUUUCCUAUUUCACAGUGCUAUUCGCUCACAGGAGACUGGAAGACGCGUUUGGAGCCGUGAAAUUGUUCUUAGAAAUUCGAGACAAGUGUUAUGAAGAAUCUGAGUUUCCCAAGCUUGAGAAUUUCACGACCCGGAUAUGCUACCAGGUGAUGAGAGAAUGGAUGACAAGGGGAGAAAAUUUAAGCACAAAAGUGUUGAAACUGCUGAUAGAAAUGGACAAGGCAGGGAUUGAACUUGGCUGCGCGGAAUAUGAACGCCUCAUUUGGACAUGUAGGCACGAAGAACAUUAUACUGUUUGCAAAGAACUGUAUGUGAGGAUAAGAGAAAGAAACUUGGGAACCAUUAGCCUAUCGGUUUGCAACCAUGUGAUUUGGGUAAUGGGGAAAGCCAAGAAAUGGUGGGCAGCUCUUGAAAUAUACGAAGAUUUGUCGGAUAAAGGCCCAAAACCAAACAAGAUGUCUCAUGAGCUUUUAGUUUCACAUUUCAGGGUUCUUCUUGGUGCAGCUAGGAGAAGAGGGAUAUGGAAAUGGGCCAUUAGGUUACUCGAUAAGAUGGAAGAGAAAGGGCUAAAACCGGGAAGUAAAGAAUGGAACGACGUCCUCAUUUCGUGUUCAAAGGCUUCAGAAACUUCGGCAGCCAUAACAAUAUUCAAGAGAAUGGUUAGAAAAGGGCAAAAACCUAAUGUCGUGUCCUACGGGGCGUUGUUAAGUGCCCUAGAAAAGGGGAGGCUCUUUGAUGAGGCAGUUCAAGUAUGGAAACAUAUGGUUAAGGUAGGGGUUAAACCGAAUCUGCACGCGUAUACAAUUAUGGCUUCGAUUCUUUGUUCCCAAGGUGAAUUCGAUGCGGUAAAUCACAUCAUCCACGAAAUGACGAGGUGUGGGGUUAGUCCUACAGCUGUGACUUUCAAUGCUGUCAUCAGCGCUUGUGCGCGUAACGGUAUGGGGACUGCAGGGUACCAAUGGUUUCAGGAAAUGAAAGCUAAGAAUAUUAGCCCGAACGAGGUGACCUACGAAAUGGUGAUUUUGGGACUUGCGAAUGAUGGUAAGCCGAGGAUGGCCCACGAGCUGUACCUUAGGGCUCGAAACGAGGGCAUGGUUCUUUCGGCAAAGGCUUAUGAUGCAGUCGUCGGUUCUUCGCGGGUACAUGGAGUUACUGUUGAUCAUUUGACUCUCGGGGUUCGGCCACCCGAGAAACAUAAGAGAAAGAUUUGAUGAUGGUUGUGGAACUAUGAAGGCUCCUUUGAAUCACACAAUAAGAAUGUGGUCCUUAAAUUUUGGAUCCUUUUGAGUCACACUAUAUGCAUUUGGUCUACUUUUAGCCCUUGAUAACAGAGUGAAUCUACACCUAAUGAAAAAAGAGUGGUAUU